CUGUGUUUUGCCUUCCUCCCUGACUAGUACCGCACUGAGAGCGUUAGCAGUGACGGAGAGGAAGAGUGAGAGUUUCUCUCCAGGCUUUGGUCUCGAAAGGAUGGGGGGGGGGGGGGCUGCCAGGAAGGCUUUUAGUUCUUGAAAAGCAGUUUCGCAUUCUUUUGUCCACUGGAACUCGACUGACUUUUUUAGGUAUUGGAAGAAGGGCUUUUCUCGGUUGGCCGACCGACUUCGAAAGGAAGCGGGACAAAGCUGUUAUUCGGCUUGUUAGCUGCUGGACCUCCUUCAGGCUGGCAGGACUACGCAUUGCGAGGAUGGCUUCAAUUCCUCGGCUGGUUAGCAUGAAUCCCAGAAACUUACCGGCUUGCACCCCGAAGGCACAUUUGUCAGGGUUAAGCCUCAUGCUAUGCUGCUGGAAUUGUGCGAAGAUUUCGGUUAGGUCCGAGCAGUGGUCCUGUUCUUCUGAAGCCUUGGCUACCAUGUCAUCUACAUAGACUUCGAUGUUUUGGCCAAUUUACUUAGCGAAAACUUUAUUCAUCAGUCGUUGGUAUGUUGCGCCUGCAUUUUUUAGCCCGAAUGGCUUGACUUGAUAACAAAAGUUAGCAUUCUCCGUGAUGAAUGCUAUUUUUCUUCAUCUUCAGGGUGCAUCCGGAUCCAAGGAAUUAAUAACUUUUGUGUUUUUAGUAAUUUUCUUUUGAGUUCAGUAUUAUGUUCACUAGGAAAAUUUUAGUUUUGAUUUUCUGGUUCUCUAAAUUUCAUUCCUGUUUCCAGUUUUCAAAACUCUUUUGAGUCUGGUUAUGAGUUUUGUUUGUAGUUUGUUCUUGUUUUGCAUAUUGUUCAUGAAAUCCUCUUUUAUGUAAUCUGAGCUGGUUUUGAGUUUGGUUCAUAGUUGUUCUUGUUCUGCGUAUAGUUCAUUUGUUGGUGAAUCAUUAAUCUGAACCCUGUUUGGCUAAACUAUUGGGUAUAACAAUAUUUAUAAGGUUUAAGAAUGUGGAUAUGGGUUUGAAUAGGGCCAACUGGAGAAAACACUUUCACCUUGUGGCCUUGAAUAGUCGGUACAAGGCUUGUUGAGUUUAGUUGACUUGAGAAGAUUUGGAAUGUCUAUUCAAGUCUUUUGAACUUUUGUAAAUGGGUCUGCAUUUUAUAAAAGGAGAUUAAAUAUUUAGGAAUGGGAAGACUUUGGAUUCAGGCAUGAUUUUUUUUCACUAGGGAUUAGAGUGACUUUCGAAAGUGAGAUUUAAUAAUGAUCCACAAACUCUGUCCACACUUGCAAGCAUACUAGCCAAGUGGUAAAACUGUACGACUUAAUUUGUGCAUUAUCCAGUCAAGUUUUCAGAUUUUUAAGUUCAUAUUAGUGGGUACAUUUUGUAGAAACUAGUCAUACAUUUUCCGACUUUGAGAAAAUGUGAGAUUUGGUGAUUGAAUCCCAUUUUAAUGAAAAUCGUGUGCCUAGAUCCUAAUUUCUAGACUUCCCAUUUGUUCUUAUGUUUUCUUAUACUUUCAGAUGACUUCGGAUACCACUUAUGGUAUACAUCAUUGGAUAUUCUUGUUAGCAUAGUUAAGGCGGUCAUUCCCUGUGCAAAGUCUGAGUUGGUUUGUGAUAUGAGCUGGGGAAUUGACAACAUUUACUGUUUUGUGUGAGAGCAAUUUGAAAGGAAUAACAUAGUUGAUAUAAUAGAACUUCUGCGUGUAUACUGCAGAGUUUAUGAUAUAAUAGAGAUGGUCUAAUCAAUAUCUGAAAUAUAAGAAACUAAUAUCUCCUCAAUAUUUCAAGUUGAGGAGGCAUAUUUUCUAGGGUUUUGGAUGUUAAAACCGAGUACUAAUAUGGCCCAAGAAUCACUCAAUAAUCUCACCAAAACCAAUCACAGCACAAGGAUAAAGAUAGAAAGUAAGUAAUCAAACAGAAUUAAAAGAGGAAUAAGAAAGCAAACCACAAUGCAGCACACCCGAUUUACCCUGGUUCAUGCCAUAGAAAUGGCACUACAUCCAGCACUACAAGAAGAUAACAAUCCACUAAGAACUUAGGAAAUCAGUACAAGAAUCCCUCUCACUCGCCUUCUCUUAUCUCUCGAAUACAAUCCUCACAUGAAGACUUCAAGAACUAUUCUAUCACAACUCUUUCUCUUCUCACUAUACUCGAACACAAGAGAAUGAAAUGAAAAAUAUGAUUGAUGAUCUAAUCUGGCCUCCGCACCCUUCUAUUUAUAAGCUAGAGAAGCGGAUCUUCCUAGGGGAAAUAACUUGUUAGCAUUCAGAGAAUUCAAUGUAAUAUGAGUUUUCUAAAAUUGGUUUAGAGAAUCUUGCCUAAACCAAUCUUAGGAAACUCUUCUAAAUAUACAACUGCUAUCCUUUCCUAUUGUAUAGUUUCCUAUUGUGUAUAGAUCUAUAGUUUCCUGUUGCAUAGAUUGAUUGCUUUCCUUUUAUGUAAAUAUCUCUUAGAUUGAUUGCUUUCCUUUUUAUGUAACACCUCUUCUAUAAAAGAAGAGCCCAUGUAAUUAGAUUGAUGAGAUUAAUAGAAACAUAAUUUUUAUUCCAUUGUUUACAUGGUAUCAGAGCCAUCACAGCCCUACAAACCCUAGUGCCUUCAUUGCACCUUUCAGCACUGCAGUACCUUCUGAAACCCUUCCUACAUCACACACAUUCUUCCUGUCUUGCUGCCAGCCUUCUCGCAUUUUAUUUAAGUUCUCUGCAGCAUGUCUAAACUAUCUGAAGCAGUGAUAACCAGAGAAACCUCACCAGCAGUAGAUGAAGUUCAAGCAGCAAUCCCAGAAGCUGGGCAUGGAGCAGCAGCAGGGGAGUUGCCCAAUUUCCACCUAUCCUAUCGACUAGAUGGGAGAAAUUACCUGCAGUGGGCUCAAUUGGUAAGGACAUUUCUUAAAGGAAGGGGUAACAUCGAUCAUCUCACUGCCUCUCCUCCAAGGGCAACCGAUCCUAUGUACCCAAAAUGGGAUAUUGAGGAUUCCUUAAUAAUGUCCUGGCUGUGGAAUGCUAUGCUUCCAGAGGUAAGUAAGAAUUACAUGUUUUUGGGUACUGCUAGGGAGAUUUGGGAAGUUGUGAAGCGAACUUACUCUAAAAUUUAGGAUGCAUCAGUCAUCUAUGAAGUGAAAACUAAAAUUAAUGGUUCUAAACAAGGGGGGUUGUCUGUCACCGAGUAUUAUAAUCAUAUGAAUGGUCUUUGGCUUGAAUUAGACCACUACCAGAAUAUAAAGAUGAUUUGCAGCAUGGAUGCUGCAACCCUUAACCAAAUAGUCGAACGGGAUAGGAUUUUUGAGUUUUUGGCUGGCCUUAACCUCGAAUUUGAUCGAGUAAGGGUGCAGCUACUUGGUCGGGAAAAACUUCCCUCUCUUAAUGAGGUAUUUGCUGUGGUAAGAAGUGAAGAAAAUAGGAGGCAGGUGAUGCUAAGGGAAUCUGCCACUGACGGAUCAGCAAUGGCAGUGAACAAAGGAGAGGGGACACGGCCUAGAUCUGGGCGAAUAGAGGCUCAAACUCAAGCCAAUGGAAGAGAGGGACUAUGGUGCACUUAUUGUAAGAAACCCAGGCAUACCAGUGACACAUGUUUCAAGCUUCAUGGCAAAGAGGCUAUCCUAAAUAGGAGUGGAGGAGGAUUCAAGAAUCUGGUUGCAAGAAAUCAGGUUUAUCUAUCACACAAUGAGCAAGAGGAGGACCAGCCGGGAGUGAAAGCUGAGGCUGACAGCAGCUCAAAUCUCACUCCAUGUAAUGCUGAAGAGAUCAACAAGCUGAAGUCCUUCCUCAAAUCAAUGCAAGAUGGAUCCUGCUCUCUAACACAGUUGGAAAUCCCAGGCACUAAAGACAGGGACGAGGAUUGGUGUUGCUAAAGAAAAAG